CUGCUGGUGAGCAGCAGUCGACACCCAGACCAGUGGAUUGUGCCGGGAGGAGGAAUGGAGCCCGAGGAGGAGCCCUGUGGCGCAGCCGUCAGGGAGGUGUAUGAAGAGGCCGGUGUGAAGGGGAAGCUUGGCAGACUACUUGGGAUAUUUGAGCACAAUCAGGACAGAAAGCACAGGACGUACGUCUACACCCUCAUUGUGACGGAGACGCUGGAGGCCUGGGAGGACUCUGUCAACAUUGGACGAAAGAGGAAGUGGUUCAAGGUGGACGAAGCCAUCAGGGUCCUGCAGAGCCACAAGCCUGUCCACGCAGAGUACCUACGCACACUCCCAAACACCUGUAAUCCACCCUGCGGUCACGCGAGCAAUCCGACUAACGGCAACAGCCCGAGCUCCCAUGUGACGGACAACAGCACCCCUCACUACGUUGUUUGCGCCACACAGGGCUCAGAUCUGGUCAACAGAUAGAACCAUCACCAGCAGCGACCCCAGGAUGCACAGUUGAUCUCUUCCGCAUUCAUGACUUCUUGAAGUGGGCUUGAAGAGUGCCAAAGUGUAUUUAAGAUUUUAUAUUUUUACCAACCAUCGGCAGGCAAUAGAGAAAAUGUGUUCCUGGAUGGGUUCCCUCAGUGUGCUGCCUCUGCACCGUAAAGAUCCUUUUUUUAGUCUGACAUCUUGAAUAUUUAAUUGGCCGUGCACACAGUGUUGGUUGGUUAUCUGGAAAGCCAGUACUGGGGAAGUUGGCUCUUCACAGGAAGUCCCACAGUGACGUGAUGUCAUUCUGCGAGACAUUUUGAAGAGGAGUAUCUACGCGUUUGUGAAUAUUUUUAUUACAGAUUUUUUUUUGUGAACUGUUUAGACACAUCGGAAGCAAAACUACUGUCACCGCACAACUGUCACUUUAUGGUAUCGUCUCUAAGCACAACUAACACUGUAAUGCUGCAAACCAGUCACCACACUGAAAUAGUCCUGCCUUAAACCUCCUUUCAUUUGUACAUAUCUCAACUUUUGCAAGCAUGACUAUUAAAUUAAAGGUAAAUACAGUAGAUUGGCACAGUUAAGAUGAAUACCAGCUUCUGCAUAGUACUGACCAACCUGCAGUCAAAUAAUUACAACUUGUAAAUGUUGCAAAGAAAGGCAGUAUUUAACACUCUAGUUGUGCAGAUAUACAUAGACAUAUGUGCAUUUGAUAAAUGUCUGAGAAAAAAAUAUGGUGGCCUCAGUUUUACAGGAGCGUUGAUGUGUUGUGCUCCAGCCUGAUUAUUUUAUGUGCCUUCACAAACAGCACUGAAGUGUGUUGGAUUAUAAACACUGUGCAUCCUACAGCGCUGACUGGAAGCAGUGCCGACUGCCUCACACACCCCGCUGACCCUUUUUAUUUCUCAGCAUUGGUAAUGAAACUGAAACUUUGGGUUUGUCAUUAUUAUUGGAAGCACAGUAUUAAAGGAUCAGUGUGUAGAAUUAAGUGACAUCUCACCUCACCCUCCCGUUCCACUCAUGAAGAAGAACCUUCAGUUGUCAUAAAAACUCAAAGGAUGUUUGGUUUGUCCAGUUUGGGCUACUGUAUAAAACAUGGCGACCUCCGUAAAGAGGAACCACUUCCGAUGUGAAUAUAUAGCAUUUAAAUAUAAAGGGCCCAUUCUAGGGUGAAGAAAACAAUUUGUACAAUUUAGAUUAAACACAUUAUUUUAUAUUCAAUUUCUGACAAUAGAUCCCUUUCACCCAAAUCUUACACACUGGACCUUUAAGUACACACUGAGCGAAGUGAUUUCUUUUGUAGGGAAAUAUUUACGAAAA